UGUGUGUUGUAUUACAGCUAACGGCUCUCGGUGUUUGCCGUCAGUCAGAGACGGAGAGAGUCCGAGAAGCAAACGAUGGCAGGCGUCUGACUGCGGGACUGAAGGGGAAAGACUGGGUGUAAAAGCAGGCCGGAUCCCUCUGGAAUGAGUUCUGGAAAUAGACACAAACAAUAACAAAGACCAUGGUGACCAAGAAGAUCCGGACGGAGUACAUGAAGAAGUUCAGGGAUCCCAGAUGGGAGACGUUUUCCAAAUGUUACGAGGACUCUCUGAAGUACCGUCUGACCCGGCGGGUGAUGGAGCAUUCCCACAACCCCUGGUUCUGGGAGGGCUGGGACAGCGGCUCAGAGUCCAGUGGCUGGUCCACGCCGAGGCUGACCAGGAACAAAGUGGCCCCUCUGUCCCUCCCACCGCAGAAGUCCUCGGAGGGGAAGCAGAGGUCGUCCAGCCCCGGACCGAAACCACCUCCUGAGGACGGAGAGGCCGAGGCGGGAGCUGGAGAGGUAACGGUUGUAGACGCUGCUCCGACCGCAGCAGUUAUUGAAAACGGCGUGCAUGAAGCCAGCGGUGGUUCGGCUCCGAACAGCAGCGGACCCUCUGACGACACGGCGACAGACAACGGUCCUGCCGACACGCUGUCUUCUGACGGAGAGCCAGUGAACCCGGCGCCAAGACGACGUCACCGCCGCCGCACCCCUCGGCCUGAGCCAGGACACCGGGACAGUUCCCAUGACGACAAACCGGCUGUCGUCCGCAAACUGCCGAGAGCGAAGAGCCAACCACCGAUCAGCACCAAAGAGAACCAGAGACCGUCCAGCCGACUGGACUGGACCGAGAGACAUACGGAGGUCAGGAGGACGCCGAAUGACACCAAGAUGUCUGACGCCUGCGUUCAGACCCGCCGGGAGUCCGACAAACGCAGCUCCAACCUGGACCGACGGCGGGCUCGGUCAGCAGACCUGGAGAAGAUGAGGCGGUCGCAGCUGAUGGUGGUGGAAGACCGCUGGAUGACAGAAUACAUGCGCUGCUUCUCCGCCCGGCUGAGGUAGAGACGGGAUCCACCCCCUUCCCCCUGAAAACCUCGGUUCCUUACUGAAGGGGAAAAAUCAGACGGUGGAACAAAGGUUGUUAGUGUGUUCAGAUAAAACAACAAGAAACCGAGUUGUCUCAUUACA